UAUUGUUUAAAUUUACAUCUCAAAUGGAUCAGACAAAUAAUUGGUUUUAUUGAAUAAUAUUAUGAAAAGAAAGAGAAGUAGAAAAGAAGAAGUAAAAAAGAGGAAACCAACCGGAAAAACGUUUUUAACAAGCCAGGCGAUAACUACACCACGUACAUACACGUAUAUGCACACGUAUAGAGACAAAUAGAAUAAUACAUUGAAUAGAAUAAAGAUGUGAGGAUGUCGAAUGAUUCACGAAGACAUACACUUUAAUUAUUAUCGUCAGUGCCGGACGAUAUAUCGAAGAAGAUGCACGUACGUUGUACGGUAAGGCUUUUGUUCACGAGUUUCCUCUUUUUCGUUGAAAACAUAGCAGCACCGAUAAGACCAUCAACGAAAUGGAACGGUUAUCAUCGGAUAGAUCUGCCAAAGAAGUGUUGUAUCGAGGGUUAUCUCUUCAACGACGAGCUGACGUGCGUGAAGGUCAUCGAGGAUAAUAAUUUUUCGAAGGAAAUGGAGACGGAAGUACGUGCUUAUGGGGUCUCGUGCGAGGAGGACGUUGCAAUGUGGAUGGAAGAACGUGGACCGAACGAUUCGUGGACUUACGCGACGGUCGACGUCCCAAACGACUACUGUCUGGAAAUGAUGACGAAUGGGACGCAAGUGUUGGCCAGGUGUCCGGAUUUAUUAAAGAUGAACGACAAUUCGUCAACGGCCAAUUCGAUCGUUUCAACGACAACGACAAGGACAAUUUACAACGAGAGGAAGACGAUAUGCGAUAAUAAAAAUCGUACGAAAAAAUUAGAGGCUAUAUUUUGGGGUGCGAAAACGUACAUGUUGACUAACAUAGCUCACAUGAUACUCUGCAUCGUCGUCGUAGUAACAUAUUUGUCGGUACCUGAACUUCGGAAAGGUGUCUACAAUCAUGCAGUUCUUCGACACAACAUAUCCUUGUUGGGAUUGGGUUCUAUACUAACGUUCUUGAGUUACUGUCAGUACCCCUUGGACGAUAACCUGACCAUCCUGCUCUGGCUUCUUCUACAAUAUUUCACCCUGGCGACGGUAUUCUGGUUGAACGUGAUCUGCUUCGACAUGACCCUCUGUAUCACAAGAUUCCGUUGGACGGUCGGACUCGGUGCUAACAACGAGAGAGACAAAUACAGGAGAUUGCUUCUAUACGGUGUUUUCGCUUGGGGUGGUGCGCUUCUACCCACGGUCGUUGCCGGCAUCUUCGAAUACACACCAGGAAUACCAAAGAACUUCCCGUUGAAGCCCAAUUACGUUCGGUAUUGCUUGGGCCCAAACCCAACGGUGAAUUUCUACUUCUUCGUUAUACCUCUCAUCACUCUACUCUGUAACAACGUACUCUUUCUUUUCACGACCUAUAAAAUCAUACGGAUACAAAGUAGUACCAAGAUAGCGACGAAAAAUCAAAGCAGCGUACUCACCAAGAAAUAUUUCCUAUUUCUAAGGCUCUAUCUCUUGAUGGGUGCACCUUGGUUCUUCGGUACUCUCUUAGCUUGUCUCAACAAACUCGUCAUAUUAAAGAUCUGUCGUCUCAUCCAGCCCAUACUAUGGCUCUUCAUGUUGUUAACACGGAAGAAUAUCCGACAAAAGAUCGCCGACAGAUUCUAUUGCUUCGUCUGAUCCGAGGAUCAUAAAGGAACUACUACUUUGCCUGGUAUGGAUUAGUUCGUUUCGACGAUCUCACAGAUAAUAUUCCGGUUGGGCUUCUUCCAAAUUCUCGAGGUUACAAGGUUCGUCUGGUCACGUGUAUGGCUUCACAUUUAUGAUGCACUUGGACCGUAUAUAACACAUACAUAUAUAUAUGUAUAUAUAUAUAUGUAUAUAU